GGGAGCACAGUUAGUGAGCUGCAGGCAAAGGUUCCGAUGCGUCUGUUUGUAGUGCUAAGUGUUUGUGUGGCUUUGGCCUCCGCCGGAGGUUAUGGCGGUGGCGGUGGCGGCGGAGGUGGUGGUUAUGGCGGAUCUUCUGCUUCCUCAUCUGCGUCUGCAACAGCUGGAGCCGCUGGGAUUGGAGGCGGUGAUGGAGGCGGUAAAAUCGGCGGAGGUUACGGAUCCGGUGGCCUAGGAUCAGGUGGACACGGGUCUGGUGGUUUCGGCCCUGGAGGAGGGUUCGGAGGUGGCGGCUCUGGAGGUAGCGGCGGUCUGGGAGGCGGAUCCGUUGGAGGCCCCUUCGGAGGUGGAGCUGGCGGUCAUUCUGGCGGAGGAGUUAUUUCCGGCGGAGGUGGAGAUAUCUUUGGAGGAGGCGGCUCUAUUGGAGGCGGUCAUUCCGGAGGAGGCGGUCCUAUUGGAGGCGGACAUUCCGGUGGAGGUGGAGGCGGCCAUUCCGGAGGAGGUGGAGGCGGAUUUGGAGGUGAUUCCGGUUUCGGCGGCGGCGGCAGCUCUGCAUCAUCUUCUGCUGGUGCUAUUGGAGGCGGUCACGGAUCUGGAAGCCCAGGAGGUGGUUUCGGAGGUGGAGGAGGUCCCGGCUUUGGACCCGGUGGAGGAAUUGGAGGAGGAGGACACUCUGGAGGAAUCGGUGGUGGAGGAAUUGGAGGAGGUGGAAUCGGAGGAGGUGGAAUCGGCGGAGGUGGGUACUCUGGCGGUGGAGGACAUUCAGGAGGAGGCGGACACAUUGGAGGAGGUCCUGGAUUUGGUCCAGGACCAGGUUUUGGAGGUUCCUCACUUGGAGGUGGCGGACACAAGCAUAAGCACGGUGGCCAUGGAGGUGCAGGCGGAUAUGGAGGCGGCGGCGGAGGCGGAUUUGGAGGCGGCGGCGGCGGUGGCUACGGAGGUAAACCUGGCGGUAGUGGUGGCUACGGAGGUGGUCCAGGCGGCGGCGGUGGCUACGGAGGCAGUGGUGGCGGUGGCUACGGAGGCAGUGGUGGCGGUGGCUACGGAGGUGGUGCCUCUUCGAGCGCCUCUGCUUCGGCUAGUGCCGGUGCCAGUGCCGGUGGUGGUGGUGGCUACCACGGCUAUAGAAAUUUGAAAAUGAAGACCCUGAUCGUUCUCGCCCUGUUGGUGGCCGCCGCUUCGGCUCUGCCACAGUUUGGAUUCGGAGGUCCCGGAUUUGGAGGUCCUGGAUAUGGAGGACCCGGAUUUGGAGGACCCGGAUUUGGAGGACCCGGAUUUGGAGGACCAGGAUUUGGAAGACCCGGAUUUGGUGGUGGCGGCUUUGGUGGUCCUUAUGGCGGUAAUCCUUAUGGUGGAUUCGGUGGUAAUCCCUAUGGUGGAUUUGGCGGUGGUCCCUACGGCGGUGGAUUUGGAGGUGGUGGCAGACGUCAUCAUGGCGGUCGCGGUGGUGGCGGUGGUGCUGCCUCAGCUUCUUCAUCAUCUUCUGCCUCUGCAGCAGGUGGCGGUGCUGCCUCAGCCUCAUCCUCUGCGUCCGCCUCGGCCGCUGGCGGUGGCGAAUCGAAUCUCUUUCCCGACGUGGAACUGAAUAAAAGCCGGGACCAGCGGUGCAUUGGCCAAGUUUGUGGAUCACUUUCGAGGAGGCAACAGCUCAACAUGAAACUGUUUAUUGCAAUUUCCGUUUUGGUGGCUGCGGCAUCGGCCCUGCCACAAUUUGGCGGUGGUAAUGCCAACGCUAAUGCCAAUGCCAAUGCUAAUGCUCAAGGCGGCGAUUUGGCGGGAGGUCGUCCUGGCGGAUUUGGAGGUGGUCCUGGUUUUGGCGGUGGCGGCUUUGGAGGUGGUCCUGGUUUUGGCGGUGGCGGCUUUGGAGGUCGUCCUGGAUUUGGCGGUGGCGGCUUUGGAGGUGGUCCUGGAUUUGGCGGUGGCGGCUUUGGAGGUGGUCCUGGAUUUGGCGGUGGCGGCUUUGGAGGUCGCCCUGGAGGUGGAUUUGGAGGUGGAGGCCGUCCAGGUUUCGGCGGUGGCGGCGGCGGCGGCUCGGCUUCUGCCUCAGCUUCUUCUUCUGCUUCAGCUGGUGGCGGCGGACGUGGAGGCGGCGGCUCAGCAUCGGCUUCUUCCUCUUCAUCAGCUUCGGCGGGCGGUGCCAACUCAUUCCGCGGCUAAGCCAGGCCAAAAGAAUACUUUGAAUUAAGCGUUAAGAAAUGACUGUGAAUAAAUCAAUAAUAAAUUAAAGACAAAACACUUAA